AUGCAUAAUUGCAAACCCAUAGAUACUCCAGUUGCCAAAAAUGAGAGCUUAAGCCUGGAUAUGUGUCCUAAGACUCAAGAUGAAAAAGAAAAGAUGGCACGUGUUCCUUAUGCUAAUGCAGUUGGAAGCUUGAUGUAUGCAAUGAUGUGUACUCGGCCUGAUAUAUGUUAUGCUGUUGGAUUAGUCAGCAGAUUUCAGUCUAAUCCAGGACUUGCUCAUUGGAAAGCUGUCAAGAGGAUAUUAAGGUAUCUAAAAGGGACAGCGGACUACAUCCUUUGUUAUCAGGGCUCAGAUUUGCGUAUGAUUGGCUAUAGUGAUGCUGAUUGGGGUAGUGACCUAGAUGAACGUAAAUCCACAUCUGGAUAUGCUUUCUUGCUGAAUAAUGGCGCCAUCACUUGGAGUAGCAAGAAACAACCCUGUAUAGCAUUAUCAACUAUGGAAGCAGAGUAUGUAGCAUGUUCAGCAGCUGUUCAGGAAGCAGUUUGGUUGAGGAGGUUCUUUCAGAAUCUUGAGGUUGUCAAGGAUGCCUCGGAUCCCGUUACGGUACAUUGUGAUAGCAUGGCAGCACUUGCCUAUGCUAAAGAUUCUAAGUAUCAUGGUAGAACCAAACACAUUGAUAUACGAUAUCACUACAUUCGAGACAUGGUUGCUCACAAUGAAGUGGUUCUAAAACACAUUUCUACAAGCCUCAUGAUUGCUGAUCCUCUUACAAAGCCUAUAGGAAGGGAUGUCUUUCAGGCUCAUGUUAGGAGUUUAGGGCUACGUAGAAUAUGA